AUGUCAGAAAAGGGCCAAAUCAAAGCAAUCCCGUCAAUCCAGUCAGUUGAUCAUGUACUUGACACUGCUGAUCACGAAAUUGAUUUGCACGCUAUCCAAUCCCAAGCCAUUUCAGUUGGAGAUGUGGGAACUUCACUCACCGGGUUUCAAAAACAAUUGAUUUUAAAAAGAAUGAAUUUGCAUACAAUUGUUGAUCUUGGUAACUUAUCGUCUGUGGCGGUAUUUAUGAUUGAAAAGAUUGCUGGGUUGACGGUCGAGGAAUCAAUCAACAUUGUAAAAGAAGCAAUCAUUGAUCAUGAUGAGGAUGUGAAUAUCCCCACUAAGGAGUACGACUUUUGGGAAGAAUUGGUCAAGCACGGUGAUGGUCAAGUUAGUGAAGAAGCUUCAUCAAGCUCCAUUACCUCAUUAAGAAAAAUGGCGAGCCACAAGGAGAAAUGGACUGAGAAGCAAAAGGUUUCCGAAGUUGGCAGUGGUGUGGACUCGCACCUGGAUGAGGAAGAUCAAGACUUUGACUGCUUCAAGAUAGUUGACUUUAAGCUUCAAGUUAGAUUGGAAGCUGCAUUGAUUGCAUACUACUCGCCCUACCCAGAAGUCAGAGCAGUUACAGAACCAUAUGAUGACUCUUCCAUUCCUUGUGAAACCUUCCGUGUGUAUUUGCUCGGUGUUAUUUGGACUUGUUUGGGUACCUUUAUCAACCAAUUCUUUGCUGAAAGACAACCAACCAUUACUUUGUCAUCAACUGUUGUUCAAUUGUUCUUGUACCCAUCGGGAAAAAUCGUUGAAAGAAUCUUACCCAAAAAGGUGAUCAAACUUGGAAACUGGCAUAUUGAUUUGAAUCCUGGUCCAUGGAACCAUAAAGAGCAAAUGUUGACAACCAUCUUUUAUAGUGUCUCCAGUGGUUUUGCAUACGUUAGUUACAACCUCCAUGCCCAAAAAGUCGAAAGGUUCUACAACAAUCAAUGGGUGGAUUUUGGGUACCAAAUUUUGCUCACCAUGGCCACUAACUAUCUCGGUAUUGGCUUUGCUGGCCUUUUGAGAAGAUUUGCAAUCUAUCCCCACAAAGCGAUUUGGCCAACAAUUUUACCAACCAUUGCCUUGAAUAAAGCAUUAGUGCAAGCUGAAACUAAGGAAAACAUUCACGGAUGGACUUUAUCACGGUACAGAUGGUUCUUUUUAGUAUUUGCAUUCUCUUUCUGUUACAAUUGGAUCCCAACAUAUCUUUUCAAUGCCUUGUCCUAUUUCAACUGGCCAACUUGGAUUGCGCCAAACAACGCUACAUUAGUUGCCAUCACUGGAAGUGCUUCAGGAUUGGGUCUCAACCCAUGGCCAACUUUUGAUUGGAAUAUAUUGAACUUCAAUGGUUGUUUGAUCUACCCCUUUUAUGCCCAACUUAACCAAUAUAUUGGCACAAUUUUUGGAUUCAUUGUCAUUACAGCUUUAUGGUUCACCAAUUACAAGUGGACAGGUUAUGUCCCAAUCAACUCCGCAUCAUUAUGGGACCGUUUUGGCUCAAUAUAUUCCGUGGAAAAUAUUGUCAACGACGACACCUUAUUUGAUGAAGCAAAGUAUCAAGAGAUUGGUCCUCCAUUUUACACUGCAGCUAACUUGGUCGUAUAUGGUGCAUUCUUUGCCAUUUACCCAUUCUCAAUCGUAUAUGAAGUGUUUAUGAAUAGGAAGCCUAUAUGGUCAGCAAUGAAGGGAUUGACUCGAGGAUUCAAAAAUUUCAGAGGUUCAGUUUAUGAAGGCUUCAACGACCCACACACCAUCAUGAUGAAAAAAUACAAGGAGGUUCCUGACUGGGUGUUUGCUGUUGUGUUGGUGAUUUCAAUUGCAUUGGCAAUCAUUUGUGUUAAAGUUUAUCCUGCACAAACACCAGUUUGGGGUAUUUUCUUUGCUGUUGGUAUCAAUUUUGUCUUCCUUAUCCCAUUGACUGCAAUUUACUCCACCACUGGUUUCUCCUUUGGUUUGAAUGUGUUGGUGCAAUUGAUUGUUGGUUUUGCAUUACCAGGUAAUGGUUUAGCUUUGAUGUUUAUCAAAGCAUUUGGUUACAACAUCAAUGGUCAGGCACAAAACUAUAUUUCCGAUCAAAAAAUGGGUCAUUAUCUUAAAAUACCACCAAGAGCUGUUUUUAGAACUCAAAUGUUUUCCAUUUUGAUCUCAUCGUUCUUGGGUUUAGCUGUGCUCAAUUUCCAGAUUGCCAAUAUUGCCAACUAUUGUGCUCCAAACAAUACUCAAAAGUUUACAUGUCCAGGAGCAACCGUGUUUUACAAUGCUUCAAUUUUGUGGGGUGUCAUUGGCCCCAGAAAGGUCUUUGGUGGUUUAUAUCCCAUUUUGCAAUGGUGCUUCUUGAUUGGGUUUUUAUUGGCAAUUCCAUGCAUAGCAUUCAAAAAGUAUGGACCUAAAAAGUAUACCAAGUAUUUCCAACCAACAUUGAUGGUCGGUGGCUUCUUAUUCUAUGCUCCAUACAACUUUUCCUUCUACACUGGUGGAUUAUACAUGUCGAUUAUGUUCAUGUGGUACUUGAAGAGCAGGUAUUUGGCAUGGUGGCAAAAGUACAACUUUGUCUUGUCGGGUGCUAUGGAUGCCGGGGUCGCGUUUAGUGCCAUCAUUAUCUUCUUUGCAGUGCAAUACAAGGACAAGUCAUUGGAUUGGUGGGGUAAUAGUGUGAUUUGGAACGGUAUUGAAGGAUUGGGAGGACAAGGGCGAAUGGAUGCAGCUGAUGCCCCUGAGGGUUAUUUUGGUUUAAGACCAAAUCAAUGGCCAUAG